AUGUUAGCACUUGACAAUGUUGAAAAUCAAAUGUCUGGUGCAGAUCUAGAACAACAGCCUUUAAACGAAUCAAAUACUGCUUUAAAUGAUAAUAUGGACUCCAACACUCCAAAUGAAGUAUCUCCAACUCUAGCAAAAUCAGAGCAGGGUUCUGAGAAAUACUUGGCUAAAAAGCUCACUGAAAGUAAGCAGGCUUCGACUGCAUUAUUGACUUUCGACGCAACUGAAAACUCGCGUCAUUCAUUGAACGUGUCUGAAGAAGCGCCCAUCCAGGAUGAUGCACUGGUAGAAAACGAGUCAAGAUUUUCCAAAACUAGUGCUAUUUCUUAUACGGAUGCUUGCUUUCUUGAUUGCUUGAAAAGGAUAAAAAAGGUUAUUACCUUGGAAAACUACGAUGAAAAGAUGUGGACGCCUGAGCAUGAAAAUACCCUUCGCGAGUUUAUUUGCUCGCCCAGCUUAUCCAAGGUUGUCAUGUUUAUGGACGAGGCUAACAACUCUCCACAGUUUAUUGUACAAGCGGCACUUCCAACCACUUCCAAUCACUUUAAGGAACUCAUGUACUUUAUUCGCGAUUCUCUGAUUGAUGGUGAGAUUCUAACCAAAACAAACUUUGAGCAAAAGGUGCAGUACGGCAGUGUAUCCAAAAAUGCAGCUGAUGGUUUACUACGUUUAAUGCAGGGUGUAUAUGUGCCUGUGUUUCUUGAAAAUAAGCGAUGGCCAGAUAGCGUGCGCAAGGAGUUCAAUAGUCAGCUACAUAAAUUCAUGGCGUUUUUAACAGACACUACUUUUCAAAUGAAAGGACACACAGUUCUCUACGUACCUAAAGAAGAUUUAUCAGUUUCUGAGACUACUCUAAAAAGUAAUGAUGUAGUACAACGUCUCGAGUCAUUAUUGAUCCACUGGACUCGCCAAAUCAAAGAUGUUGUCAACAAUCAACAUACUCUGGAAACUACUGAAAAUUCGGGUCCCUUGCAAGAGAUUCAGUUUUGGAGCAGUCGGUGCGAUGAUCUCUCAGGAAUCUCAAAACAGCUUGAUCGUCCAGAUGUGCAGCAGAUAAUCCGUGCCUUAGAAAUGGCCAAGUCGUCCUAUUUGGAACAGUUUCUGCGAUUGUCUAAUCUAAUUCAUGAGGGAACUAUUCAAGCUCAAGACAAUUUAAAGUUUUUGUCGACGCUUCAGGAACCUUGCCAACUGCUUGCAGAGGCCGAGCCUAAAAACAUUCCCGAAAUUCUCCCCAAGCUGCUUAACUGCAUUCGUUUAAUAUGGGCAAACUCCAAAUACUACAAUACCAAAGAGCGCAUGACUAGUCUAAUGAGGAAAGUCAGCAAUGAAAUUAUUCGAAGAUGCUGCGUCAAAAUUUCUCUCGAGGAUAUAUUCCAUGGAGAUGUUCAAACAAGCAUGUCGAGUCUUCAAGACAGCAUAGUAUGUGGCGAAUCAUGGAAGCAAAUAUAUAAGCGCACCUGCAACCAUAUUGCCAAGUAUUCCAAAGGCAGUUGGGAUUUGGAUCAAAGUAGCAUUUUUGCUCAGAUUGAUGCAUUUGUUCAGCGUUGUCGUGAUUUAUUAGAAGUAUGUGAAGGCCAGAUCCAGUUUGCAAGAAAGCUAUCUGGAGGUGAAAAAGCACCCAUUCCUUUUUUUGGAGGUUCUCAUGGCUCCGAAAUUGCCAAAAGUCUUGAGGAUAUUGAACUAGCUUUUGAAAAACUGCUUUCAAACCUUUGGGAUAUAAGAUGGCAUAUUUUGAAUGUAAAAGCAACUCGCUGGCACGAUGACUACAACAGCUUUAAGCAAGGGGUAAAAGAUUUAGAGGUAAUGAUGCAAAAUGUCAUUAUAUCAGCUUUUGAGAAUGCCAUGACAGUUGAAACUGGAGUAGAGCUUCUCGAUAUUUUCCACCAUCUGGCCAAGAGAGAGGCUAUAAAGAGAACCGUCGAAAAAAAGAAUGCCGAUGUGUAUCAGAUUCUUUUACAGGAAUUGAAUAUUGUAAAGAUCGAGUUUGAAACGCAUCGAAAAACGCCAGAUGUAUUACGAUCUCAACCAGACUAUGCUGGCUCUGCCUAUUGGGCACGUGCCCUACUUCGACGCAUUCAAGUGUCUAUGGGCUGUCUUUCAAAUGCAUAUUAUCUACCGUACACUAUUUUAUCUGAAGAGGCCAAGGCCCAGUUUGAGCCUCUUGCUGCGUCACUCGAAGAAUAUAUUUCACGAACACACACCGAAUGGGUUGCAAGUCUAGGCACCGCACUGGCUGAAAAGCUUGAAGGAGUGUUGAUGACACACAAGCCGGGUGAACGACUUGAGAUGAAGUUUGACAAGGAUCUUUCAAGGCUUUUUUCUGAAAUAACGUAUUUCCAAAAACUCAAAUGUGAUAUUCCAUUCCACGUCCAAGAAAUCUACAGUAAAAAAGAAGAGCUUCGCAUUCUAAAAGAAAAUGUGCUUCUUGUAAUUCGCGACUACAAUACCAUUAUGGAGACUAUUACACCAGAGCAGCAUUGGAUCUUUAAAGAACGGAUUAGAUUUUUAGAUCGCAAGAUAAACCCCGGGGUGACAAGCCUUACCUGGGCAUCCAAGGGAAUUUCCGAGUUUUUUGUAAAGGAAUGCCGCCGUCAUUCCCAUGAUGUUCAACGAACAGUAUCUGAUUUUCUGGAAGCCGACAAGCGUAUUCAUAUGCACUGCCAGACAAUUGCUCAAACUUCACUAUGGCAAAUAGAAAACAAGCGUAUCUACGAUCUCGAGACAUUUAAACAGCUACAGCAGAAUCAUCAAGCUAUAAUGCAGGAGCGCUUGAGCAGUGCAUGUCAGGAGAUAAAAAGCACACUGGAGCAAGCUUAUGAGGUAUUUCGAAACGACGGAAAGGAUGUUUAUUCUCACUGGAUUCGUUACAUUGAAAGUAUUGAUACCAAGCUAGAAGAUGCCUUACGAUCCGCUGUACGCCGCUCUCUUUUAGAAAUAUCCAAAGCUAUCAACGGAGAAGGCAAAAAUCGAGAUGGAGGAUGUGAAGUUCACCCAUUGUUUAAAGUCAAUGUGAUACUUGAUACACAAAAAGUAGAUUUUAGCCCAACUCUUCAACGACUUGAAGACACGGUCAAUAGGUUUGCACAAGAUAUGAUUUCCACCGUCAAAGUCAUUCCUCGCUUGGCUGAAUUGCUUAUAACGGAUGCUUUACACAGCAACAGGAGCAGUGCUUACAAUGUUAUUUCUAGUGAAGAAGACAUUAUCAAGAUUCUUUCUGGUAUUCAGGUGGGAAUGUCAAGCAAUGCCACCAAAUGUCAGGCAUACUUGCGAAACUGGGAUUCAUAUCGUGAAAUUUGGGAAAUCAACAAAGAUGCUUUUAUUCGUCGAUAUGCAAAAUUGAAACCGGCUCUUUCUACUUUUGAUGCCGAUAUAAAUCGAUACAAUGAGGUAGCCAAUAACACACAAAAGGAGGAAACACUGACAAAUGUCAAUUUUAUUCGAUUAGAUUGUUCGCUGCUGAAACAUGAACUUGUUUCACACUGUAGUGCAUGGCAAAACAAACUUACGGCUUUAUUAAACGCGAAUGCAGCAGCAGAACUUAACAAUCUUUAUGACAUGUUUGUCAAGAAAACUGACAAGCUUUGUUCUCCGCCAAAAGAUCUUGAACAGCUUAGCGAAAGCCUUUCACUUUUGGCACAGCUUCAACUGGACUCUCCUACAAUCGAAGCGCAAUUUGCACCUAUACAUGAAAUGUAUGACGUUUUGGAAAAAUACGAAGUGCAUAUUAAUGAUGAGGAAAAAGCACGGCUAGAAUCUCUUCCAGAAACUUGGGCCGCAUUUUUGAAAACCAUUUCUGAAUCGGAGCAUCGGCUUCAUGAGUCAAAAUCAAAGUUCAAAACGGAACUACUCAAUGCAAUUGAUGAAUUUUCAAAACAAACUGCAAGUAUGCGAGACGAUCUUGCAACAAAGGGGCCAUUUUUGUCUAGUAUUGGGGCUGACCGUGCCAUUAGAGCAAUUACAGACUACCGCUCUGCUUUAGCCUUGGCUGCAAAUCAAGAAAGAUCCCUCAAAAAAGGACUCGCAGUUUUUAAAAUCGAGCACCCUCCCUCAAAGGACAUGGAAAGCAUAGCUGCUGAUCUUGAUUCACUGUUUCAAAUAUGGCAAACCACACAGGAGUGGAACCAGAUCUAUGAUGGCUGGAGAUGGAAUCCUUUUCUCUCUCUUGAUAGUAGCGAAAUUGAGGAUACCGUGCAAAAGUUUAUUCGCAAGCUUGGCAAAAUGGGCAAGGAAAUGAAGGACUGGGAUGUCUUUACUAGUUUGAAAGAAAGCAUAAAUCAAACAAAACGCACCAUUCCACUGUUGUUGGAUCUACGCAACCCUGCCAUGCGAGAUCGUCACUGGGGUCAAAUUAUGGACGAGAUUGGAAAAUCAUUCAAUUUUCAAAACAGUGAUUUUACUCUUGAUAAAAUUCUUGAACUUGGUUUAGAUCAACACACUGAAGCUAUUUCCAUUCUUUCAACUGCAGCAACAAAAGAGUUGUCAAUUGAGCAGGCUUUGGCCACCAUUAAUGAUUCCUGGCUUGUGAUGGAUCUUGAUUUGGUUUUAUACAAAGAAGAUCGCGGAUAUUAUAAAAUUAAAAGUACUGAGACAUUGUUUGAGUUAUUAGAAGAUAACCAGGUAACUCUUUCAUCUAUGAAAGCAUCAAAGUUUUUCUCUUCAUUCCAAGCCCAAGUCGAUCACUGGGAACGCACACUUUCUCAUGUGGUAGAAGUUGUAGAAAUACUGCUUUUAGUUCAGCGUCAAUGGAUUUAUCUAGAAAAUAUAUUUGUAGGCACUGAAGAUAUUCGAAAACAGCUACCAAAGGAAUCUGCAGUGUUUGACAGUGUCAAUACCGCGUGGGCGGAUAUGUUACGGCAAAUUCAUCAUGAUAGAAACGCUUUACGAGCAACACAUUCUCCGAAAAUUCUUGAGUCGCUUAUCGAAAUGAAUGCUCAGCUAGAGAAGAUUCAAAAAUCGCUUGAUAUGUAUCUUGAAACAAAACGUCAGGCAUUUCCGCGAUUCUAUUUUCUUUCAAACGAUGACCUGCUGGAAAUCCUUGGCCAAGCAAAAGAUCCGAAUGCGGUGCAGUCGCACUUGAAAAAGUGUUUUGAUAAUAUUCAUAAACUUGAACUCGUCAUGGCAGGCGUAGAUGGGCAUCGACAUAACGAAGCACUUGGAAUGUAUUCUGGAGACGGCGAAUAUGUUCAGUUUAGUUCUCCAGUUAUAGUUGAAGGUCCUAUUGAAAUGUGGCUUGUCGAGAUUGAAAGCGCAAUGCGAACAACUUUGCGUAAACUACUCCCACAAUGUCUAAAUAGUCUUAAAAAGGCAAAGCGUGACAAGUGGCUAAAGGAUUGGGCAGGAAUGCUCUUAAUCACAGCUGGACUAAUUUCGUGGACUUCUGACUGCACCAAGUCGCUGCAAGAAAUUGAAAAAGGAGAAAAGUCUGCUUUAAAGAAUCUGAAAAAAAAGCAAGCAUCAAGCUUAAAGCGUUUGGCAGAUCUAGUUCGCUGCCCACUUGGUCGCAUUGACAGAAAAAAGUUGAUUGCGCUCAUUACAGUCGAGGUUCAUUCGCGAGAUGUUAUUGACAAAAUGGCUAAAACAGGAUGUAGUAGCACUAAUGCUUUUGAAUGGCUAAGUCAACUUCGCUACUAUUGGGAAAAGGAAGGAAAGGACGAUGAAGAUUGUUAUAUCCGUCAAAUCAACACACACUUUCGCUUUGGUUACGAGUAUUUAGGAAAUAGUGGCCGCCUUGUUAUCACACCACUUACUGAUCGUUGCUACAUGACCUUGACAACGGCUUUGCACCUUUUUCGUGGAGGAAGUCCUCAAGGGCCCGCUGGAACUGGCAAAACAGAGACAGUCAAAGAUCUUGGAAAAGCACUUGGGAAAUUUGUAAUUGUCCAAAACUGUUCAAAGGCUUUGGAUUACAAGUCGAUUGGAAGAAUGUUUAGUGGGUUAGCACAGACUGGUGCUUGGGGCUGCUUUGACGAAUUCAAUCGCAUUGAUAUCGAAGUUUUAAGUGUUGUUGCUCUGCAAAUCUCGUGCAUACUAACAGCCAUCUCUCGCAACAGCAAAAUAUUUGUAUUUGAGGGUAAAGAAAUUCGAUUAGAUACAUCGUGUGGUAUAUUCAUUACUAUGAAUCCAGGGUAUGCCGGUCGAGUAGAACUUCCAGACAAUUUAAAAUCACUUUUCCGCCCAGUUUCUAUGAUGGUUCCAGACUCUGCAUUGAUUGCUGAGAUCAUGUUGUUUGCAGAAGGGUUUUCAAACACUCGUGUUCUUUCCAAAAAAGUUGAAACGCUAUAUCGGCUAGCUAUUCAGCAACUGUCAAAGCAAGAUCAUUAUGAUUUUGGUCUUCGCGCUUUAACAUCUGCACUCAAAAGUGCCGGUACACGAAAAAGACUAGAUUUAAACGCUCCUGACGAUGCAGUCUUGUAUUUAGCAAUGCGUGACAGCAGUCUCCCAAAGCUUACUGCCGAAGAUGUCCCGUUAUUUUUGGGUAUUCUUUCAGAUCUAUUCCCAGGUGUAGAGGCAUCGCCUAUAGACUCUACAGAGCUGAGAAAUGCAAUUUCUGAAGAGUUGAAAAGUUCAAAUAUGGUGCAAAUUGAUAGUAUAAUAUCAAAAGUAAUUCAAUUGUUUGAAACCAAAGUCAGCAGACACGGAGUUAUGAUUGUCGGAAAUACAGGCUCAGGAAAAUCCACAGUUUGGAAAACACUGCAGGGCAUGUUUGGACGACUGGAGAAAACCUUUCCAGAGCGCUAUUCCACGGUAAAAACGUUUUUAUUAAACCCAAAAGCGCUUUCCCUUGAAGAAUUGUAUGGCGAGUUUAACAUUGCCACAAACGAAUGGAGCGAUGGUGUUCUAUCCAAUUUGAUGCGCAGUGCAUGCUCAGAUGAGCGUAGAGAUCAAAAAUGGAUUGUUUUAGAUGGCCCAGUUGAUACUCUUUGGAUUGAAUCAAUGAAUACUGUUCUUGACGACAACAAAGUUCUCACGUUGAUCAAUGGGGAACGAAUUGCUUUGCCAGAGCAGGUAUCAUUGCUAUUUGAAGUGGAGAAUCUUUCAACCGCGUCUCCAGCUACUGUCAGCCGAUGCGGAAUGAUUUAUAUGGAUUAUGAGGAUCUUGGAUGGAAACCUUUUAUGGAAUCAUGGGUGUUUUCAAGGGGUGACGACCAGUCGGCUGAAAUCCUUCGUAGGCUCAUUGAAAAGUACAUUGCUCAAACUUUGGAAAUUCGUAAAACUUGCAUGGAAAUCGUUCCAGUACCUGAAUCAAGCGCAAUCAAGUCAUUUUGCAAAUUGUUUGACUGUGUAGCAACCAUGGAAAAUGGAGUAAAUCCAGAAGAUCCAGACACUUACAAUCGCAUGCUAGAGCUUUGGUUUCUUUUCUCGGUAAUUUGGUCUAUUGGAGGCUCAUUGACAGAUGAAAGUAGAAAGAAAUUUGAUUCGUUUUUAAGAGAAAUCGAAGGCCAGUUUUCUAGCAAAGAUACUGUUUUUGAGUACUAUGUUGAUAAGCAGUCCAAAGGAUGGGGCCAUUGGGAAGACAAGCUUCAAAGUGGCUGGCGAUACUCGAGUAGCCUUCCGUUUUAUAAAAUAUUUGUGCCCUCGAUUGAUACCAUACGUAACGAGUUUAUUCUGAAAUCGCUGGUCAAUAAGCGUAGUCCCGUUCUUUUGGUUGGUGAUGUCGGCACAGGCAAGACUUCACUUAUUCAAAAUUCUAUUUUGACAUCUGAGACCGGAUAUAGUCAGCUAGUAGUAAACAUGUCGGCUCAAACCUCGUCUGAUAGGUUACAAGGCUACAUUGAAGGAAAGCUUGAAAAGCGAACCAAAAACAUAUUUGUUCCUAUUGGCGGAAAAAGCUUGCUCAUGUUUAUUGACGACUUUAAUAUGCCAAUGAAAGAUGACUUUGGAUCACAGCCACCAUUGGAGUUUAUUCGCCACUGGAUGGACUAUGGAUUCUGCUAUGAUCGUCAAAAGCAAACGCUCAAGUAUUUGAACGAUAUAUUUGUGAUUGCUGCCAUGGGUCCACCUGGUGGUGGUCGUAAUUCUCUAAGUCCACGAAUUCAAGCUCGCUUCAAUGUUCUCAAUAUGACUCUUCCUAGUGAAACUUCGGUUUUCCGAAUUUUUUCCUCCAUAGUUAAUCAAAAGCUGCAAGAUUUUGAAGAGGACGUUAAACCACUUGGAGAUAUAAUUACUCAUUCCACCAUUGAAAUCUAUAAUGCGGUUGUAUCUCAGCUGCUUCCAACACCAGCCAAAAUCCACUAUUUAUUUAAUUUACGUGAUAUUUCCAAAGUAUUUCAAGGCAUACUCCGAGCCAAUCGUGAAUACUAUGAUUCCCGCGAAACAAUGACAAAACUAUGGGUACACGAAAUAAUGCGCGUGUUUAAUGAUCGUCUUGUAGACAAACCUGAUCGGGACUAUUUUUCAAAACUGCUUGAUGACAAACUAAACUCUCAUUUCAGCACUUCAUUGCAGCAGCUUUGUGGUCCAAAGCGCAAAUCUAUUUUUGGAGAUUUUCUUAAUGUUUCUGCCGACAACUUUCUAUACGAAGAAAUCAGUGAUCAUGAAAAGCUAAAGCAUUUCAUGCAAGAAAAACUUUUAGAAUACAACAGCGAGUCGGGCUUUGUGCAAGCCAAUCUUGUAUUGUUUUUUGACGCAAUUGAGCAUAUUUGUAGAAUCACAAGAGUUCUUCGACAGCCGUGUGGAAAUGUGCUUUUAAUUGGUGUUGGGGGUUCAGGGCGACAAUCGCUUGCUCGUGUGGCAUCUUAUAUUGUUGAUACAGCAGUAUUUCAGAUUGAAAUUUCAAAACACUACCGCCAUGCUGACUUUCGCGAGGAUUUGAAAAAGCUUUAUCGCACAACAGGUUUGGAUAACAAACCAACCACAUUUUUAUUUACAGAUGCACAUGUAAUCAAUUCUAGUUUUUUGGAGGACAUGAGUAACAUUUUAAGUAGUGGAGAGGUGCCAAAUAUGUUUUCUCCCGAGGAGCUUCUGGAUAUAAAGCAAAGUAUACUACCCAUGUGUAAAGCUGGCGACACGGGCGAUGCACUGUAUACCACUUUUAUGGAGCGAGUAAGACGAAAUUUACACGUAGUACUGUGCAUGAGUCCUGUUGGAGAUGCUUUUCGAAAUAGACUUCGAAUGUUUCCUUCACUCAUAAAUUGUACUACUAUUGACUGGUUUUCAGAAUGGCCAGAAGAUGCUCUCCAAGAUGUAGCACUCAGUUUUUUGGCGGAUGUAAAUCUUGGAACAGAACAAACCAAGCGUGCCAUAUCACAAAUAUUCGUGGCAAUGCACACAUCUGUUGUAGAAAUGUCUGCAAAAAUGGUAACUGAACUCAAACGCUACAACUUUGUCACACCAACAAACUAUUUGGAACUAGUCACUGGCUAUAAAGAACUUCUUUUGCAAAAACGUCGCGAGAUUGGCAAUUCAGCACAAAAACUACAAAGUGGUCUUAGUAAACUCGAUGAUACUCGCCAAAACGUAGAACAAAUAUCAGUAGAGCUUGAGGUGUCCAAAAAACAAGUAUCCCAAUAUCAAAAACAAUGCGAAGAUUACUUGGUUGUUAUUGUUCAACAGAAACGUGAGGCGGAUGAACAAGCAAAAAGCGUUUCUGCCAAGGCCGAAAAAUUGGGAGUUGAGGAGGAGGAAGUGCGUGCUGUAGCCGAAGCCGCACAAGCAGAUCUCGAUCAAGCAAUACCUGCGUUGAAUGCUGCAGUCAAGGCACUAGAGGCAAUUAACAAAAAGGAUUUGAACGAAAUUAGAUCCUAUGGCAAACCGCCACCAUUGGUCGAGAAGGUCAUGGAGGGCGUAAUGGUACUUAAAAAAUGUGAACCGACAUGGGAAGAGGCAAAAAGGCAGCUUGGAAAUCCAUAUUUUAUCAAGCAGCUGGUCAAUUUUGACAAGGAUAACAUUUCUGACAAGAUUCUCAAACGCAUUUCUCAAUACUGUGCAGAUGAAAACUUUCAGCCUGAUAUUGUUGGCAGAGUUUCUGGUGCAUCUAAAUCAUUGUGCAUGUGGGUUCGAGCAAUGGAAACAUAUGGAACCAUUUUUCGACAGGUUGCACCUAAAAAAGAAAAACUUCGCGUUGCACAGGAGACGCUGGAAAAAAAGCAAAAAACUUUGCGAGAAGCAAAGUUUAAGCUUCAAGAGAUUCAAGAUAAGCUAGUAGAGCUCAAGACUCAAUAUGACGAAAAGGUGACGUUGAAAGAAAAGUUGCGACAGGAAUCUGAGCAAACAGAAGUGAAACUAUCGAGAGCUGAAAAACUAGUUUCAGGUCUUUCUGGAGAGCGAGAUCGUUGGGAAAAAAGCAUUCAGCAGUAUGAAGAAGCGCUUUGCUGUCUUCCGGGAGACUGCUUGCUUGCAGCAGCAUUUUUAUCAUAUGCUGGACCAUUCAAUAGUGUUUAUCGUCAGUCCCUUUCUAAUGGUAUUUGGCUUGCACAGAUUAAAGCGUUAGAAAUUCCAUUUACCGCUGAAUUUUCCUUUGACAAGUUUAUUGGAAAGGCUACGGAUAUUCGAGAGUGGAGCAUCCAAGGAUUGCCCAGCGAUUCAUUUUCAGCAGAAAAUGGUAUUAUUGUAACUCGCGGUCGUCGCUGGCCACUUAUGAUUGAUCCACAAGGCCAAGCAAACAGCUGGAUUAAAAAUAUGGAGCAAAAGCGGGACCUUAAAGUGAUCGAUCUUAAGCAGCACGACUAUCUUCGGACUCUUGAAAAAGCCAUUCAAUUUGGCACUCCAGUAUUGCUCCAAGGCGUUUUGGAUGUCCUUGAUCCCAGUUUUGAUUCAAUUUUAAACAAAUCCAUUGUAAAGAAAGGUGGAAUUCUGACCAUUAAAUUGGGGGACAAAGACGUCGAGUAUCAUCCCGAUUUUAAAUUCUACAUCACAACCAAACUGGCAAAUCCCAAAUAUUCGCCAGAGAUAUUUUCCAAAGUCACCAUUGUAAACUUUGCUGUCAAGGAAAAAGGAUUAGAAGAUCAGUUACUAGGCAUAACUGUUUGUCGCGAAAAGCCAGAGCUUGAGGAGCAAAAAAAUGCACUUGUAGUAAAUGUUGCUACAGCUAAAAGAAGGCUUAUUGAGCUCGAGGAUGAAAUUUUGCAUCUACUGAGUACCGCACAAGGAUCUCUUUUGGAUGAUGAAAAAUUGGUUUACACUUUGCAGUCUUCAAAAUCGAUUGCCGACGAUGUUAACCAGCAACUAAUAGUCAGUGAACAAACUGAAAAGCGUAUUGAUGCAGCUCGUGAGGGAUACCGCUCAGCUGCGCAGCGCGCCUCUAUUCUUUAUUUUGUAUUGAACGAUCUUGGUUCGGUAGAUUUUAUGUAUCAGUUUUCGCUCGAUACUUAUAUUGAGCUAUUUGAAAAAUCGAUUGCAAAAAGCAAAAAAUAUGAAGACAUCAGCGAGCGGAUUGCCAGCUUAAACGACUUUCAUACUUAUUCUGUGUAUAAAAACACAUGUCGUGGGUUAUUUGAAAAGCACAAGACUUUAUUUUCUUUUCAAAUGACUGUCAAAAUAUUAGAAGCAAGCGGAAAGUUGAAUAGAGCCGAGUAUAAUUUCUUGUUACGAGGAGGACAGGUGUUGGACAAGGAUUCUCAGCCAACCAAUCCUUGUACUGAAUGGAUCACGGAUAGCGCAUGGGAUAAUUUAACAGAACUAGAUGCUCUAGUGGCCACAUCUGGAAUUAUCAGUUCAAUCGAACAGUCGGAGCGAGAUUGGAAAGCAUGGUUUAUGAGUAGUGAGCCAGACGAGAUUGCACUACCUGGGGAUUGGGAAAACAAACUCAACGAUUUGCAAAAGAUGCUUAUUGUUCGAUCUCUACGACCCGACCGUAUUCCAUUUUGCGCAACCACGUUUGUCGCCAAUAACCUUGGACAGAAAUUUGUCGAGCCUCCAAUUUUGGACAUGCAGGAUAUACUAGCAGAGUCAUCUCCCAAAACCCCAUUAAUAUUUGUAUUAUCACCUGGAGUAGAUCCUACAUCAGCACUGCUUCAGCUGGCAAAGAAAAAGGGUAUGACGGAGCGAUUUCAAUUUUUAUCACUGGGUCAAGGUCAGGCACCAAAGGCAACUCGCAUGAUUCAGGAUGCCUUGCGUGAUGGAGGUUGGGUAUUCCUAGCAAAUUGCCAUUUUUCAAUUUCCUGGAUUGCCACAUUGGAUAAAAUCAUUGAAAGCAUUCCCAGCGAGAAUCCACAUCCAGAUUUUCGUCUUUGGCUUUCCAGCAGUCCACAUCCAGAUUUCCCAAUAUCAAUAUUACAAUGCAGUCUCAAAAUGACCACCGAGCCUCCUAAAGGGUUAAAGGCCAAUCUUACACGAUUAUUUGACACCACCAUCACUGAUGAUAUUUUUUCGAGAUGUACCAAAAGUGAUGUCUACCAAAAGCUUAUUUUCUCACUGAGUAUGUUCCACAGCAUUCUGUUGGAACGUAAAAAAUUUCAAACGUUGGGCUGGAAUGUAGUGUGCGAAUUUAGUGAUUCAGACUUUGAUAUUUGCGAGAAUAUCAUGGUUGUUCUUUUAGACGAAUAUGAAAACGUUCCUUGGGACGCUCUCAAGUAUCUCAUUGCUGAAGCCAACUACGGAGGUCGAGUGACAGAUGAUUGGGAUCGCAGAAUACUGCGUGGCUACAUCAAUCAGUACUUUAAUGACGACGUCAUCACAACUCCGCUCUAUCACCUGUCUUCUAUGCCACAUUACUAUAUUCCAGAGCACACUGAGUUAUUUAGUUAUCGUGAAUAUAUUGCAACUCUUCCUAGUAUUGACAAGCCCGAAGUGUUUGGACAGCAUCCCAAUGCAGAUAUUGCCAGUCAGAUACGCGAAUCUGGAUAUUUGUUGGAAACACUGAUAUCACUUCAGCCCCAAAUUGUUACAAAAAGCAGUGUUAGUCGCGAAGAUACUGUGUUUGGAAUUUCGGCCGAUAUUAUCAAGCGUAUUCCCAAGGACAUUGACUUUGAAGCUACCCUGCAGACAUUUAAAAACGAAAAAAAUCCAUUCAGCGUUGUACUUUUCCAAGAGAUUAAGCGAUACAAUGAUCUUCUUCAAAAUAUUCGAAAGUCAUUAGCAGAUUUACAAAAUAGUAUUAAAGGCAUAGUAGUAAUGACUUCAGAAUUGGAAGAAACGCUCAUUGCGAUCUACGAAGGAAGAGUGCCGCCAAACUGGAGCCAGGCAUACGCAUCCUUAAAACCUUUAGCGUCUUGGAUCAGAGAUCUUAUCCAACGGAUUCAAUUUUUUGUAGACUGGUCCAAAGGAAAUGAGCCAAAGCAAUUUUGGCUUGGAGCAUUUACGUUUCCAACAGGAUUUUUGACGGCGGUGCUUCAAAAAGCUGCGCGCAAGAGUGGCAUUUCAGUGGAUGUCCUUUCAUGGGAAUUUUUGGUGGUACCAGAUGAUGAACCCAUUUCAUCAAGUGCAAAAGACGGUGUUUACAUUCGAGGGUUAUUCCUUGAAGGAGCUGGUUGGGAUAAAAAAAAUAACUGUCUUUGCGAGCCAAAACCAAUGGAGCUCAUCACACCAUUGCCAUCGAUUCAAUUCAAACCGAUCGAGGCACGAAAGAAAGCUAACAGGGGACUCUACACAUGUCCUUUGUACUAUUUCCCUAUUAGAUCUGGAACAAGAGAACGCCCUUCAUUCAUCAACUCUAUGGAUUUAAAAAGCGGACUGCAUGACCAAGACUACUGGGUGAAGCGGGGAACUGCUGCACUUGCAUCUCUUGGCUAA